UCAUUUGCUCCCCUGCUUAUCUGGCGAAGCAAAGCACUGUGCUUGUCAUUUUGUUAUUCUUAAUAAUCCCACUUUCUCUCUCUCUUGGGGUCGUAUUAAUAAUUAAUAAUACGAGUAAAGAAAAGUUGUUACGCCGCUGAGGUGAAGUUUUAGAUUAUUAGGGUUUUUUGUUGUGUUGCAGUGUUUGAGAAUCACAGCUUAAAAGAAUAAUAAUACCAAAUUCGAACCAGAUAAGGAGUAUGCUAUGGAAGUUUCACUUCUUUUCUUUGACACCCUUUUCCUUUCUCUCUCUUCUCUUAUUCUUCUUGUUUAGUUACCAACCCUCCAUCAAAGUCAAUGCCUCCAUUUUUUUUAUUUCUUUCCAACGCUUAUAAUUUGAUUUCUUUUAGGUUUCCUAGCCUCCUCUAUCUUGUUCUCUAGGGGUGAGAGUUUUCCCUUUUAGCUCUUGAAUGAGAUUUGUGAUUCGCAUUGUUCAAGAUCUCGAGUUGUUCUAAUUUUCGAUUUUUUUUUUAUCAGUGUGAGGAUAAAGCCCAAAAGGGCUAUGUCUUGCUGUGAAUUUUUGUAAUUUUUUCUUGGAAUUGAUAAAAAAAAUUUGAUUUUUUAGAUCGAUUUGUUGAUGGGUUAUGCUGGGGUAUUGUUAAUUGUUGUAAGGGCUACGUGAAGUUCUGUGACAGGAAGUUUCAGGUAAUUUGUUGGGAAAAUGGAGGAUCAGGCUUUAGUUGUUGCAGAAUCUGAUAAUGUUGGAAGAGAGGAAGAGGAAGAUGAGUUUUGCAGUUGUUGUGAGGAAGAAGAUGAAGAAGUGUGGAAAGAAACUGAGGAGCCUGUGGUGGAAGAGUUGAAGGAUGAGCUUGAUGAAUUUUCAGUAAAAAUGUUCUUUAAGGGGUUGUCAAUGGCUGGGGUUGAUAAAUCAAGUUCUGGGUUUUCUGGAAUUGGCGUGUUCAUGGAAAGGUCGUCAGGUCUUGCUGCUAUACGGGUGCAGAAAAGGCUUGAUUUUUAUGCUGAGGAGUCAGUAGUUGACUAUUUGGCACUCUUGGAUGGCUUGCUGGAAGCUGAGCAGAACAAGAUCCGCAGGGUUUAUGCUUUUACAGAUUCUGAAUUGUUGUAUGAUCAGAUUACAUUUGAGAAAGAUUUGGAGACGCCACUUUUAAUGGGACUGAGAGAAAGGAUUCUGGAACUUGCCCAUAGUUUUGAAGCUUUUGUUUUGAAGUUUAUACCGAGCACUGAUCUUGAGCAGCCACUCCAGUUGGCCAAAGUGGCUAUUGGACUUGUCACUUUCCCUGUAAAUGGUGAGAGAUUAUUUAAGAACUGUUCUAUUUGCUGGGAUGACAAGCCAGUGCCAAUUAUGGUUACUUUGAAAUGUUCACACACAUUCUGUUCACAUUGCUUGAAGGCCUAUGCUGAUGGUAAAAUACAAUCUUGUCAAGUCCCUAUAAGAUGCCCUCAACCAGGAUGCAAGCAUUGCAUCUCUGCAACUGAGUGCCGGUCUUUUCUUACAUUUAACUCCUUUGAAUCAAUGGAGAAAGCCCUUUCAGAAGCAAAUAUUAUCCAUUCAGAUAGAAUUUAUUGUCCAUUUCCAAAUUGCUCUGUUCUCCUUGAUCCUCAUGAAUGUUUGUCAGCUAGAGCCAGUUCAUCUAGUCAGUCUGACAAUUCUUGUAUCGAGUGUCCUGUUUGUAAGAGGUUUAUCUGCAUGGACUGUAAGGUUCCUUGGCAUUCUUCUAUGAGCUGUGUAGAAUACCAGAGUCUGCCAGAGGAGGAGAGAGAUGCUUCUGAUAUUACCUUGCAUCGUCUUGCUCAGAAUAAAAGGUGGAAGCGUUGUCAGCAGUGCCGUAGAAUGAUUGAGCUUACUCAAGGUUGUUACCACAUGACAUGCUGGUGCGGUCACGAGUUCUGCUAUUCUUGUGGUGCGGAAUAUAGGGAUGGUCAACAGACAUGUCAGUGUGCAUUUUGGGAUGAAGACCGCUCUGAAGACUCCGUGACGCACUCUCUUCAAGAAUCAGAACAAUGGGCAUGGGAGACUUUCAAUUCUCUCUCCAUGAUCAUGGAUGCAUACUCAGACCAAGAAAGAUCGCAGCUUGCGCUUAUUCAAAGGUUCCUAGCUGGGGGUUUCAGUCUCAGUGACCAUAAUCCUUACCAAUCUCCUCCUCGCUGUACAGAAACUUACGUAGACCCCAUGAAGGAUCUACAUCAACUUCCAUGGCUAGAGAGAUUUGUGUCUGUGAUAAGUGACAACUACUAUGAAGAUUACAUUCAAUGAAAUUGUGAGAGAUCUUAGACUACCUAAUAAGUUGAUCAGCUUCCAAUCUCAACUAAGUUUUGAAAGGAUGCAGAAAGAGUUUCUGAUUCUAUCCACUUUUCAUCAAGAGGUGGUGUGGCAACAUGGUACCUUUUUUAUAUGUUCCUUGCUUGGAUAUCUUUGAUCCAAGGUCCAUGGAGAUAUUAUAUCAAGGUUAAGAAUCUGUUCAGGAUGAUGAUUCUCUUUAAAAGAAAAAG